CAAAAAGCCCCCGUACAAUAAUAAAGAUAAACCCCGUGGUGUUCUUCUUCCUCUCCAAUCAAAAACCUUCUCAAAACUCCCAAUUCUCUCUCAAACACAAGAAAGACGACCCAAUUCCUUUACCCGAUUUGUAUAAAGUCUUCUCUUUCCUUUCGAUUUUAUUGUUGACCAAACUUCCCCCAAUUAAACUUCCCCAAAAACCAAAAUAUCUUCAUCAUCUCUCUCUCCGGAAAAUCUAGGGUUUCGAUUGCGGGAGAAAUUCAUCACAAAUUGCAUCGAUUUGGUAGAAAUUUAGGGGGAAAAUUAGGGUUUUAGAAUGGAGAAGAUGGCGGGAGAAGGCGAAGAAGAGACGGAGUACGAGAGUGAUCCAGAAGAAGCGAAGAUGUCGUUGAAGAUGCGAAGGAGAGAAGCCAGCGACGACGAAGAUGGCGGUGAUGAUGAUGAUGAGGAGGAGGAGGAGAGAGAAAGAGAGGUGGAUAGGAGGAGGGAGGCGCCGCCUCCGAGGUCGGGGAUCGUUGAUUCCGAGAGUGAAUCUGAUGGGCAGGGUGCUGCGGCGGACUAUGAUGAUGAGGAGGAGGAAGAGGAGGAAGGAGAGGAGUAUUACGAUGAGCAGGAAGAGUAUGAGGAGGAGGGAGCAGUUAUCUUUGAUGAGUAUGAUGGGAGAGAAGCUGGUGGGCAAACUGAGGGUGCGGAAGGUGAGGUUGCGAAGGCGAAGGCAGUGGGAGAAACCGACGAGGGCGGGAAGACGGCCGACGGUGGCGAAGGUGUAGAAGGUGAGGGUGGUCAAGGUGAAGAAGGUGAGAAGAAGGAAGUUGAACCAUUUUCUGUACCUACUUCUGGAGCUUUUUAUAUGCAUGAUGAUCGUUUCAAAGAUAAUAGUGCUGGUAGACACAGGCGAACUUUUGGUGGUAGAAAGUUGUGGGAAUCUAAAGAUGAGAGGAAAUGGGGGCAUGAUAAAUUUGAGGAAAUGAACACGAACGACAGGCGUCAUGAAGAGGGGAGAAGGCCUUCUAGAGGAUUUAAUCGAGGUCGUGGGAAAGCUAGAGGUCCAGAUCGUGGGUAUGCUCGCGGGGGCAAGACGAGAGAAUAUGCUGGUAACAGCGACCAAACUCCACCUAAGGAUGUGAGAGGAAGAGGGCCUAGAAGAUAUCAACCUUCAAUGAAGAAUAGGAGUGAAACAAUCCCACCACAUAACAAACAAUUGGCCAAGUCUCUGGACAAAAAAUCACAUACUGGUUCUGGUAGAGUUUCUGCUUCAACGGAUAGUCCUAAUGUGGAUCAUGAACCAUCUGGUGCUAAGAAAGUUGCAUCCAACCUAAAUUCCGCUUCUCCUCCUUUUUAUCCAUCAGCUUCAUCUAGUAAAGAUGUUCCAUUGACACAGAAAAAGGAAGCACAAGCUGGAAAUCAUAAUAGGAAUAUUCACCCUUCUGCUGUGAACCAUAAUGUAUCUAUGUCACAUUCAACUUCUUCAUUGCGAGGGAAGAAUGUUAUUGAUUCUAUGGACAUGGACAAGUUGCACAUUAACAAUUCUGUUUCUCCAGCCCGUGGCAAGCCAUUGAAUAAUGCUUCAUCAGUGGGGGCUUCUCAGAUGACUCAGUCUAGGGCACAGGGAAGAAGUGUAGCACCAUCUGGGCCUCCCGUAUUUCAGCCUCCUCAAACAAAUAACCAGGUUAACAAAGUUUCUCUAUCAGCAGGUCAAGCUUCCCAGCGGAUGCCUGUUCCAAGCCGAGGUCAAACUUCUCUGCAGACUCCAGGUCAGCAACCGGUCCAACGGCCUCCUGGUGGUCCUCAGAGUUCUCCUCCAAAAGCAGGCCUGGUGACAAAAACAUAUGAGCCUGGAAACUUUGAGUCACCUCUAGAAUCUGGUAAUUCUAAGAUUGUUGUGGCUGGAAAAGGAAGUACACAGGGAACUGGAAGGGGUGCGCUUGUAUAUGGUGGUGGGCCCGGUGGAAACAUGGGUUCUGGUGAUCCAAACGUUCCAGCUUUCUUCCCAGUUAUGCAAUUUGGAGGCCAGCAUCCGGGUGGAAUUGGAGUCCCUGCUGUUGGAAUGGCGUUUCCUGGAUAUGUUGGUCAGCCUAAUGGUCUUGGAAAUUCUGAAAUGACAUGGUUACCUGUACUAGCAAGUGCUGCAGGUGCUUUGGGAGCCUCAUAUUGUUCGCCUUAUAUUUCUGUUGAUGGUUCAUAUAAUCCCCGGCCAACAGGGCAACCAUCUGCCUUGCCUGCCCCUAGCAAGGAUAAUAAUAAUAAUAAUCUCAGUAAACCUGGCAAUGAAUUAAAAGCUCCACAAAGAUCUGAUGUAGCAAAUGAUGAGUUCAAUCAGAGACAAAAUAAGCCUCGCAGAUACUCAAAGAUGAAUUUUAGUCAGUGAAGUACAUAUUGAAGCUUCUGCCUGCUAUUCAAAUAAGAUAUGAAAGUUGUUUCCUUGAAAUUGAAGAUAGGUCGUGGUUGGCUUAAGAACUCGGGUUUAUUCUCAUCAUAGGGCUCCUUUUCUGACACCCUUUGUGUUCUCGUGCUCUUGUGCUAGACCACAUUGGACCUUCUAUGUCUCAGAGAUAUCUUAGUUUAUAUGGUAUUCAUCUGCUCAAGCUGUUUUUCAGUUUAGGAAGAUUUAUUGCGGUCAAAUGGGGUUGGUUUGUAGCUUUCGGAUGGAUAAUGCGGUAUGGAUCAUGGACCAAAUUAAUCUUUUCUCUAUUGAUUGGACUUGUUGCCUUGGGCUGAUAAUAGCAAUAUAUAAGCGUGUUGGUGUUCCGUGCUUCUUCUAUGGUUUUUAGGUUUUCUGGUGGCUUGGUUUUCAUGAAGCUCGUUCAGUAUAUAUGGCUUUUUUGAGGAAGUGUUUUGCAGAAGAUGUUCAAAAAGCCAGACCUGAUGUGCAAUAUUAUGCAUUUGCUUUUGCUAUAUAAGUGUCUAAAUUUAUUUAUUUUUGGUUUAUGUUGUCAAAUUGGCUUUUCGGCUCAUGUUGAUCUUUUUAUUCUAUUUUAUUUUAUUCAUGUCUUCCAGUUUUAAUGUGAUUGAGGAGAUAAUCAAUGUUUUUCUGAGGACUUGCUUGGGUAAAUGAGCGCUUGCAUAACUUUAUUUUAUUCGUGUAUGAAUGAACAUUUGACUCAUUACCGGACUA